AUGGAGAGCACCAAGCAGAUCAUGGCCAGAAAGGUCACUUCGACAUCGAUAGCAGAACCAGUCUGCGGCUUUAUCGCCGCCAGGAACGCCACUCGAAGGCUGAACAAAGCCCCAGGCUACGACGUACUCGCAACUGUCGAACUGUGCGAGCCCAUCUUCGAACAUCUCCCAGUGAUAGACCUGCUCCAAGCACCUCUAGUCUGCAGAGACUUCUGUGCCACGAUUCGAGACUCGACCAAGUUGCAACAACUUCUCUUGCUACGACCGCGAGCCAUGCGAGCGCAAAUCCCGCAGUCCAUCGCCUCCAGGAUCCUGACGACAGAUGGUCGUUACCUCGAAUUCGAUAUCCAGCACGGGGAGCCGAACAGUGCCAAGCCCUCGCCCGAGAUCGUCUACCAACACAACCCAUGUCUCCUCCACCUCGAAUCGAAUAUGCAGCAGCUCAAUUUGCACCAGGCGCGCAUGUGGAAAGAAUAUGACAGCGGCAAAGAAUGUGACGCGGGCGCACGAUUAGUCCUGACCACGACUCACGCGAACCUGCUGGAUAAAAUCUACUCGCCAACCGUCCGGCGAAUGUUCUUAUGCCAGCCGCCCACCAUCAAAAUCAAGCUGCUACUUCUGCGUAAUGGCAGCCGCCAUUCACGCUGGAAAAACUGGCAUGUUGUCACGCAUGAGGUGACCAACGAGUCUGGUGUCACCUUCGGUCAGGUCGUCGAUGAGUUUCGGCAGCUGCAUACGGAAGUCGUCGAGCCGGGCGUCGUCCAGCAGAACCAAGACUUCAUCCUCUGCUAUGUGGUGUUCCCAGAAGAUAAUGUGGUGCGGCCGAAGAGUGGAGCUCUGCUUGACUGUUGGCGGAGGCGAUGGCCUCCGGGUUCGAAUGUUUUGGAUAACGGUCCGGGGCAAGGCCGUAUCAUCGACGCCAGAGGAUAG